ACAUGCGUUUGCAGCUCUGUCUCAACUAUUCCUGAGUUUGGCCACAAAUUUGUGGCCAAGCAGUUUUUGAAAAGCGUUAUUUAUUUCGAUGUGAGUCCAUUUAAAAACAAAAACAAUAUGUUAUUCCGAUCAGCCAAAAACAAGUUCGAAGCGGUAGACGUUAUUCGCCGGCUCAAACGUUUAGCCGAGGGCACAGUGACGUCGUACCGGCGUUUAUUUGUGCUGCUGUUGUGUGUGUGCAUAGUGUUCUAUAUGCUGCCGCCAAUCUUUCGUUAUCUAUUUCUAAGCACAAACGAGGAAAAAGAUGUGCACAGCGUGUGCAUGGACGAUCGUCUAACUCCGUAUAUACUGCAAAACUACGAAUAUGACGCGAACAUACGUCACGUGGCUCCGUUGCUGGAGGGGGAGCGGGAUUACACGCCCUAUGCGGGUAACGGUUAUAUUGGACUCGAGGUCUCGCACGAUGCUGCACUGAAUAUUAAACAUGGCCGUGCUAUGCAGCUGCCGAUACGUUUUCAACCCAUUGUCUCGGUGCUUCAAAUGGGCGGCGCUGAAAAAGAAGCUACAGUUGUGGAGUAUUUGACAGGAAUGGUGCAUAGAUUUCAAUGUUACUCCGGUUAUUUUGUCUCCUACACACUGUAUGCGCAUCGCACACAGCCAAAUGUGCUCAUGCAAGAACUGCAAAUCACCAAUACCCGCAACAUGGUCGAGAACAUUGAGCUGAUACUGCCGCGCAAUCGGUUACCUAAGUCUACUGUGCGCAGCAUUCCACUCGGCGCUCCCGUCCAAAUCGGCAUGUUGAGCUACACCGAACUGGAGGUGAUUACAGGCAAUGUGCAGCCCUCGCCCGAUGAUCCCACUAAACUGAUUGCCAUCAGUAUUGUGAAACCCAAACUAGAGCCAACUGUGCAGCUACGCAAGCGCGGUACAGUGCGCAUCGUUUACCCGCUGAUUGUGGAGUAUUCCAAGCCCGUUGCCGAGCAGCAAUUGAAAGCCACCUUGGAUAAUCUGGAGCAGCACACAAUUCAAGCCAUGACCAACCUGCUGCAGAAACUCACAGGCUCGCUAAACAGCAUCAAUAACUUCCGGCAAGAACACAUCAAUGUUUGGGCCGAUCUCUGGGCCACAGGCUUUACGAUAAGCACCUCUAAGGCAGAAAACAGUUUGAAUGGUGAUCGUAUUAAUGCAACCAUGUAUGCGGUGCUCUCUCAAGUGCGCAGUUUUGAGUUUGAAGAACUUAAUGCUGGCUUAGGCACCGGUUCGGUUGCUAUACGCGAAGACAUUGCCAAGGCUUUGACAUACGCCGAAGGCUGCUUUGAUUCCUAUCACACGUUGCAGGCCGAGAAUCUGUGGCGUGACAUGGCCACCCUGACUCAACUCAAUUCGUUGGUUUCGUCGUGGAUGUUAACGCUGGAGAAGCAAGGCUGCCACAAUCUGAUACGCGCUGGCGCCUCGGGCGUCAUUCAGGCUAUGACGCUGAGUUUUGGUAGCUUUCGUUUUAGCAAUCAGCAUUUGGAAUGCAAUAUGCAUCCGAAAUUCUUGCAUCGCGACUUUCACUUCAGGCGUCUUAACUAUGGUAACAAGACGCACGUCAAUGUGACAAUUAUUGUGAAGGAGGACAAUAAAGCGGUCAUUAAUGUGGCCUUGGAUCGCUCCGAUCGCAGUUACUACGCCUGCGAUGGCGGUUGUCUUGACGAGCCAGUUCUGCUCACGCAAAGUCGUCGCGAAUUCCCUGUCAAAUUGACUGAACCCCUGACUGCAAUAUUGUAUAUAACUGAGGAUAAACAACACAUGGAGGAGAUACACCAUGCCAUACACGUCAAGGAAGUGGUAGAAGCUCCGGCGCAUGAACAACACGUCAUUGCAUUGCACAAGCAUGGUCAUCAACUUGGCGGUUUGCCUGCUCUCUUUUGGGUCUCAGUGUGUGCAAUAAUUAUAGUAUUUCAUAUAUUCCUUUGUAAGCUGAUUAUCAAGGAGUAUUGCGAGCCAAGCGAUAAGCUCCGAUAUCGUUAUAACAAACCGUGAUUCUAGUUGUAUAUAAUAACAAAUAAUAAAUGUGUAUAAUCUAAUUGGACGUAUCAGAAGAUGCUACUAGUAAAAGCAAAAAGAAACAAAUUACAACCAAAAUUGCCGACCUUUUUCAUUAAAACGCAUUAUCAAGAAACGCAGAUAGCAGACAAAACUGACAUUUGUUGUGAGGCAACAAAUGUGCAAUAUAGUAAUUAACGAUAUUAAUCAAAAUGUGUUGAAUGUUUUUUAGGAAAAUCACAUUUGUAUAAAUACUUAGAAAGCGCUUUCGCAGCAGACCCAAUCAUAUAUAUUAUAUAUUCUACAUUGUUAAGGUCUAAUUUAUGUACAUAUUAAUUCGUAUAGUGGCGCUCUAAUCAAUAAAUGAAUAUGUAAA